UUCCCUGCUGUGGGGCUGUUUUUUUUCCUUCUUAUAUAUAUAUUUUAUCUUUACUAUUCCUGCAAUGGUGUCUAUAAUCUCUGACUUGGAUCCUCUGAAAAGCUGGAAAGUUUUAAGAGAGACUGCCACAGAGUUAUCUGGAACAUUACCAAGUAACGGCACAGCUAACAAGAUGAAUGGAGCUUUGGAUCAUUCAGACCAACCAGACCCAGAUGCCAUUAAGAUGUUUGUUGGACAGAUUCCCCGUUCAUGGUCGGAAAAAGAGUUAAAAGAACUUUUUGAGCCUUACGGAGCUGUCUACCAGAUUAAUGUUCUCCGAGACAGAAGUCAGAACCCUCCCCAAAGUAAAGGUUGUUGUUUCGUAACAUUUUAUACAAGAAAAGCUGCUCUUGAGGCACAGAAUGCACUGCACAAUAUUAAAACUUUACCUGGGAUGCAUCAUCCUAUUCAGAUGAAACCUGCAGACAGUGAAAAGUCAAAUGCUGUGGAAGACAGAAAAUUGUUCAUAGGAAUGGUUUCGAAGAAGUGUAAUGAGAAUGAUAUCAGGGUGAUGUUUUCUCCGUUCGGCCAGAUAGAAGAAUGCCGAAUCCUUCGGGGACCGGAUGGGCUGAGCAGAGGCUGUGCGUUUGUCACAUUUUCUACAAGGGCAAUGGCACAGAAUGCAAUCAAAGCCAUGCACCAGUCUCAGACCAUGGAGGGCUGCUCUUCGCCAAUUGUGGUGAAGUUUGCUGAUACCCAAAAGGACAAGGAGCAGCGGCGUUUGCAGCAGCAGUUGGCACAGCAGAUGCAACAGCUCAAUACUGCCACUUGGGGAAACCUCACAGGUCUUGGAGGACUCACACCACAGUAUCUAGCUCUUCUGCAGCAGGCAACUUCCUCCAGUAACUUGGGUGCCUUCAGCGGCAUUCAGCAAAUGGCCGGCAUGAACGCUUUACAAUUACAGAAUUUGGCAACUUUAGCAGCCGCAGCAGCCGCCGCCCAAACCUCAGCUACCACCACCAAUGCAAAUCCUCUGUCCACAACAACCGGUGCUCUGGGAGCCCUCACAAGUCCCGUGGCUGCAUCAACUGCUAAUUCCACAGCUGGUGCGGCUAUGAAUUCUUUGACUUCUCUGGGUACUCUCCAAGGAUUGGCUGGAGCCACUGUUGGACUGAAUAAUAUUAAUGCACUAGCAGGUAUGGCGGCCCUGAACGGAGGACUCGGCGCAACAGGCUUGACGAACGGUACGGCUGGCACCAUGGACGCGCUCACCCAAGCCUACUCAGGAAUCCAGCAGUACGCGGCCGCCGCACUGCCCACCUUGUACAGCCAGAGCUUGUUGCAGCAGCAAAGUGCUGCGGGCAGCCAGAAGGAAGGUCCAGAAGGGGCAAACCUUUUUAUUUACCACCUCCCCCAGGAGUUUGGAGACCAGGACAUUCUGCAGAUGUUCAUGCCUUUUGGAAACGUUAUCUCUGCUAAAGUCUUCAUCGACAAACAGACCAAUCUGAGCAAGUGCUUCGGUUUUGUUAGCUAUGACAAUCCAGUCUCUGCACAAGCUGCUAUCCAGGCUAUGAACGGCUUUCAGAUUGGCAUGAAACGCUUGAAGGUUCAGCUGAAACGCUCCAAAAAUGACAGCAAACCUUACUGAUCUUAACCCCAGAUGCUUACUGCUCUUAUUUUAGCUUUCUUAGGACAUCUCCAUGCCCGUUAGCCCAUCGUUUGCCUAGCAUGUCCCUGUGGCGUCUCAAAAAAAACCAGUUUCAUCGUCCCGUCAUUGUUUCUGAUGUCUUUCUGACCUCACAUCAUAUUUGGUUCUCCUACUGACCUUUGAUCUAGUUUGACCUUUGAAAUUUGCAUGUGACCUCAUCUAGCUAUGAAUUCUGGGAAGUCAAUGUGAAAAAACAUUGCUGCAUUCAUGCAAGACUGAAAUUUAUUAUUAGAUAAAUUAAUGAUAGGAUUUAAAAACAACCUGUGGCAAAAUGUUUUUUCUUUCUUUCUUUCCUUUGUUUUUGUUUCUCUUUUCUUCCUUUGGGUUUUUUCCUUUAGGUUUUUGUUUUCUUUUGGGUUUUUUCUCUUCUGUUCUUCGUUUUUUUCUUUUUUUUUUUCUUUUUCAUUUAGUAAAAAAUAAAAAUAAAAAAAAAAACAGACUUGAAAGUAUUAUACAGGGAUUGGCAUUCUGCCUGGUCACUGGUGACAAUAGCAAUAUGUGUCCAGAGGCACAGAAUGUUGGUUUCUAACAGACUACUUCCAAAACAGUUUGAGAAAUAAAACUGUCUGAUUUUAAGUCUCUAGAGGUCUGUAAUAGUUUUUACAUUUUUCAGGCAGUGUAAAGUUUUUUGAUAAGGCCAUUUUAGGUGGCUCACUUUCUCAUUAAAGUAUAUAUAUAGAACCACUUUUUGUAGAUUAGUAUAAGAAAAUAUUUACCCUGUUUUAGGGCAAAUGCUACCUACUUGUGUCACCUUUUGCUGAACUGACUCACAGUUAGACAAUCCAUGGUUUAAUGCACAUGAAAUUACCUAUAUUUUAUACUGUUUCAAUGUACAGAAGAAAGGUUACUGUAAAAUGUGUUACGUUGGUGCUUCUGUGAAUUAAGUUGUGGUUUCAUCAUGAGUCUUAUGGUCUUAAGUGUUCUAUGUUUAUAAAAGACGAGUUUAAAAUUGGUUUACUUGAACAACAAGAACAAAAGCGAGAUUCAAAAAAAAGAAAAAAAAGAAAAAAAAAAGUUGUUUGCUUAAAAAAAAAAAAGAAUUUCAUGUGAAAAAUGAAAAAAUAUUCCAGAAUAAGUUUGUGUUGGCUUGUGACGCAUUGAUGUCAUUUUUUUAUCGUGAACAAUUUAGAUGUGUUUGUGUUCAGCAAAAUGUGAUCGGUUUUUCUUUUAAAGGAAAAAUAAAAAAAAACAGUGAAACUAUAGUGCCAAAUUCCAAAGGUACUUUCUUCCUAGAGCUUCAGUGUGUUUCUCGUGUGAAGUAAUUUGAUAACAUGGGUAUUUUAUUAUGUGUUUUGUAUAAAUCCCUAAUAUUUAAAGAAAAAAAAGAGGUUAAAAAGUUUGUUAACUUGCUAUCCUGUGGUCUUGUUGCCUGAAAUUGUUAUUGUUUGUUAUUUCUCUUUGAUGUUUUUUGUAAAACAUUGUAUAAGUGCCCAUGUUUCACUUUUUUAACCACUCUGCACACAUCAAUGCUGUGAAAGCAAACCUCACUAUGUAUUUUCUUCAUAUUGUAUGGAAACCUCUAAGGUGAGAAAGUUUUGAACUUUUAACCCUUUCCACCCAGAGCUGUCUUGAGUGUUAAUACCUUUUAUACAUUCACCAUUUUGCUGUUUAUUUUUAUAUAUAUAUCUAUAUCUAUAAAUAUAUAUAUACUUAGUUUUUUGUGGUUUAUUUAAUACAUGGUUGAAAUCAGAACAAUGCACAGGGCAGAUCUGAAGGACAAAAAAAAAUAUUUUACUGCUGUCUAAAUUUCUUCUGUAUCUAUAACUAAAAUUAUUUAAAACAGUAAUUAACUUGUGGUUUUCCUUUUUAGAUUUUGGGGAUUUUGUCUUUUCUUAAAAGAGCUUUUAAUAUGCUGCUGGAAUAUGCUAUUCAGUAUUAAUAAAAGAAAAGAAAAAGAAACAAUUCUUUAAUUAUCUAUUCUGUGAGCCACUCCCAGACAGGAGUGGUCAAUCCACCAUUUGAAAACCUUGAGGAGAAAAAAAAGAAAAUAAAAUCAUAUUUUUGUAAUUUAAAUAAAUGAACUUUUGCUUAAAUCAGAUGCACUAGAUCUUCCUGGGUGAAAAUUCAGUGUGCACUGCAGUUAAACUACUUUUUAUGGAUAAAGUUUACAUACACUGUAAUGUUUGGUGUUAUCUGGCAUUCUUUGUAAUGGCAAUAUAUUGGCUUACUCCUGCAGACACUCGUAUAGAGAGGAGUAACUUUACUCAUACAAGUAGUCCAUGGGAAUGUAUAUGUGAUUGAUGUGGGUGUUUGCUGGAGGAAGCUCUGUGUAAGGAACCAGAAAAGAGAUCCUGGUAGCCCUUUUUACUGCCUUGUACGUCUGAUUAGAUUGCAUUUCUACUGCACAAUUAGUGGCCAACAACCAAAUUGGGUUCGUUACUACCUGUAUAGACAAAUCAUUGCCAAUCCAAUGCGUGUGAGCAGCAGUACUUGCUACUGAUGAUAAAGUGCCAUACCUUCUUCCACUUCCUAUUUGUAUCCAAUUAUGUUUGAAGCCACCUAAAAUUAAAAACAAAGCCCUAUAUGAAUGACAUCAGCUGGUGCACUCUUGUCUCUCAUCCCCAACUUAAAUGCUUCUUUAUGUAGAGCCCUGGGAUGGAAAGGACUAGCCUCUAGUGAUGCAAAAAAGUUUCCUUCUUAUAGCACAUGCACUUAUAAAUAAAUGAUCUAUACUUUUCUCACGUAUUUUUACUACUGCUGGGGCCUUCCUACACCCUUUGAGGGCUAUUUUGUACUACUUGCAGCAAUUUUGCGUAUUCAAAGUAUCAUCUCACGUACGUUAUAUUAUAUAUAUGUACAUAUAUAUAUAUAAUAUGAGAUCAUCAUUUGGAUUGUUUAGACUGUUUCACUAAUUCUUUCUCAUUGUACCCACCGUAUAAAUUUCCAAAGCUUUUUUAGAUGCCCUAGUGUUGUCCUGUGGGUUUACCAGUCAGUCAGAGCAGUGAUGCCUUUGGUCCUCAGGCAGUGUAACUCGGCAUCGGGCUGCCCCGAAUUAUGCUACAUGGGACAUUGGCUUAGCAGUGGGACAGGAGGAAUGUUUCUGUGCUUCCAGGCAACUGAUAUGGGUCAUUGCUGAGAAAAAAUGUCCAUCUUGAUAAAAAGUAAAAGAAAUUCCAGUGCAAAACCAAAAACCCAAAAAUACACCUCCUUGGAGACAAAUUAACUACCAGAUCUCUUUCAAUAUUGAAAGGACAAAGCUGCAAGGGUGCAAGGGCCUAAUAAGAGAGGAAGAAAAACAAGGGAAAUUGCUUUACAAAAUUCUAAUCAAAAGACUAGACUAGUUGUUUUUUUCAAAUUAGCUAAUUGCAAUGAA